AGUAAAUAUGUCAAACCUCGACUUCACUUUUUCUUCCAUUGAUUAUGCGUUGUUUGGAAUUACUCUUGGAUUAACAUUCAUCAUUGGAAUAUACUAUGCUUAUCGCGGAAAAAAACAAAAAACAAGCAAUAAAUCCAAUGACUAUCUUAAUGCUACCAAAUCCAUGGCAUUUUUCCCUGUAGCGAUAUCUUUAUGCGUCACCUACCAAUCUUCGUCGUACCUUCUUGCCAUUCCCACGGAAGUAUACUUGUAUGGUUCUAUAGUUAUCUGGUCCAUUGUCGUUACGAUAGUAGCACCUAUAUUCGUAGGCUUAAUUUUCGUUCCAACCUACUUCAGGUGCGGGGUGACAGGCGUACAUGAGUAUCUGAGAUUGAGAUUCAAUCGUCGUAUGCAAGUCAUCGGUGCUGUGGCUUUCCUGUCUUCAUCAACAAUAUUUUCCGCGAUUUCAAUAUACGCACCCGCUCUGGCAAUUGAAGCUGUUACUGGAUUAAGUCUGUGGACGAGCAUAAUCACCUGUGGAAUAAUAUGUACGGCAUACACAACCUUGGGCGGCCUCAGAGGUGUAAUUUGGAGCGACGUGUUUUUAUCAUUCAUUUUAUAUGGAGGUAUCUUGGCAAUUUUGAUUAAAGGCACCCAAGUCAGUGGAGGAAUAUCUGAAGUAUGGAAAGUUGCCGUUGAAGAUGGAAGAUUUGAUAUAUUCAACUUUGAAACCGAUAUCCGUAUACGCCAUACGUUUUGGUCAAUUGUAUUUGGUGGAAUGGUUACCAGUAUAGCGGUCCUUGGAACGUCUGUAACGCCAGUCCAACGAUACUUGAGUUGUAAGUCUACAAAAGAGGCUCAAAAAUCAAUGUGUAUCAACAUCAUUGGACAAAUAUUUUUGGAUUUGAUUGUUAUUCUUCUUGGACUGAUUAUUUACAGUACAUUCCGUGGGUGUGACCCCAUAGGGCAGCAAUGCAUUCAAAAAGCGGACCAGAUUCUACCUUUAGCAGUAAUGAAACUGUUUUACGACAUUCCUGGUAUUCCAGGAUUGUUUCUGUCUGCCAUUUUAGCUGCAGCGUUGAGUACGAUCUCAUCCUCAAUCAAUUCUUUAGCAGCAGCAACAAUGGAUAACAUGGUGAAACCUUUCACACAAUACAGCGAUAGAACGUACUUGUUCGUAUCAAAAGGGGUAGUAUUUUUCUUUGGAAUCGUUGCUGUGGGAUUUGCUGCCUUGAUGACAUACACGACAGAAUUGUUCGAAAUCUCUACAAGUUUAUUUUCGCUCACUCUCGGACCGAUAUUGGGAAUGUACACACUGGCUAUGCAAUUCCCAUUUGUCAACUGGAUGGGUGCUGCUGGUGGCUUGCUUUGUGGAAUCGCGUCAACUACGUGGGUGUUCCUUGGAAAACAGUCUAUAAGACAAUCAAAUGAAUUUGUUCGACGUUUAUCGUUAUCUACUGAUCUCUGUAAUGCUUCGUGCAUAUUACAAGCUGGCGAAACCAACUUUACUACACUUAUUUAUUCAACCCCCGAUGCAACUAUUGUUAAUGAAAUAAGCUCGGUUGCAGAUCAGGGUGUCAUGUUCGAUGACAAUGUUCCUUUCUAUACCAUUUCAUAUCGAUAUCUUUCGGCGGUUGGGUUGUUAGCAUGCUUGAUCAGCGGCAUCGUCAUCAGCCUUCUUACAUGUGGUUGGAAAGACAGGCACAAUGUUGAUCCAAAACUACUGAGGCCUUUCUUUGACCUCUGGAUAUUUCGUUGCUGGAUUCCUGCUAAUGUACGGAGAUUUCUUCGGUUUGGAAUUGAUUGGAGUGAAGAUGACGACGAUAUGGUGUACGAUAUACAGGAGAACAAGGAAAUAUCAGAAAACAAAAAACAAAUCUGCUCUUUCAAAGUGGAUGAUCAGAAAAAGAAGUUUUGCAAUGAAAGUUUCAGUAACGAAGAUAACGUUUCUAUUAAUUUUACCAAAUUGUAAUAGUAUGCUCUCGCACAAGCAAUGAGGAGAAGUGCUAUCAUAAUAAUUGCUCAUUACAGUAUUUAACUUAAGUAGAAACUGUUGCUUAGGACGUAGCAAAUCAACUUGGUUCAUUGGAUUUUACUUUAAUAUUCAUCGUCACCAGUUUAUUUUUGCCUACAAUCCUCCAAUCUCAGAUUCUAUAACAGACAUAGGCAAACUACGGCCCGUGUGCCAAAUCCGCCCCGUUGGGUAGUUCAAUCUGGCCCGCUCGAUGCUGCCACAACCAAACUAAAACCAAAUUUUGAUGUUGAGCUAAAAAUACCUCAAGGAAUUUUUUGACAUUAAGAUUAAAUUUAGUUUUGGCACGAAGCUCAUUGUUUUUUUACCUUUGUAACAGUGUAAAUAAUAUUCAUGAAAUGUGACUUUUACGUCACACUUACAUGGCCCACCAGUCUAGGUAGGCAAAUGUUUUGGCUCUUGGUCCAAAAAAACUGCCCACCCUUAUUCUAUGAGGUGAAUUCCAAAAUGCAGUCAUUGUCACAUGCAACCUUUUAAAAUGACCAUACUAUACAAGUAGUUAUAAUAUUGAUUGAAAAUAUUAAUAUUGAUUGUAAUGCACAAUAAUUUGUUUAUUAUUUUUAAUUAACGUGGAUCCAUGUGUGCUUUUCCAAUUAUAUUCAUGCACUAUCACGCUUCUUUUAUUACUGAUUGCAUACCAAGUAUUAAAAUGGAUCGUUCUAACAAUUUGUUGUUGCUCUUUAAAAAAAUCGAACGAACUGAUCGUCUUUCACUUCUUAAAUA